AAGAAAAAAAGUUUGUGUUGUCAAGUUCUGCGAAUAAAAGUUACAAAAAAAACAAGUAAUACGUUAUAAUAAAUGGAAAAAUGUAUAACUUGAAUUGUAACGUAAUGUUUUUGCAAUUGAGUUUUAUUAUUUAAACUUCUGAAAAAAGAAUGUAUGAAUAUCGAUAAUAGUUAGAAAGAUAGUCACUAGAAUCGUGAGGAUCGCGAUUUUACACACCCUUGCCGCGCUCUUAUUAUAUUAUGGGAAAAAAUCUGCCUAGGAAAAUAUAUCUUUUUAAUGUGUGUGCGUUUUCAUAUAAUGAAUUGUGCAAGGACAUGGUAAACCAUCUUUAAAAUUGCUUCUGAAUUCGGAUACAAUGGAUUGUUUUAAUUUAAAAAGAAAAAAAACAAUGUUGAUAUAACAAAAGAAAUUAAACUCUUUAGAAUCUUGGUGUUUGUGAAAAUUGUGUGUGUGUGUGUGUUGGGGGUGGGGAGUUUUGGGCAACUUGGCAAAUCUACAUAUAUACAUGUAUAUAAAGGUUCACAAGUUGGCCUUCCCCUAUAGGUUAGUUGGUGUUAGUUUGAAAUUGUCAUAUAUGUUGAGAAACGUUGUUUGUGAAUAAAAUCUAGUGAGUCGUGUUUGUGCUUGUGCGCGCGUUGUAUGCGGUGGAGAUACGUCUCUUCGGGGCCGCGCGGCUCCUUUACUUUUUACAAUUUUCAUGUCGAAAGUGUCUGUAAGUAGGAAGCUACUCCGCGGGGAACAUAUUCCGACAAUUCAACGAAUUAUGGAGAUAUCAAAGUCCCUGCAGGAGGAGAUUUUGUCUGUGCAAAAUAAACUGAAAAAUGCUAUACGCGAUCAUCAGAUCUGUGUAGAAAAACUGAAAGAUGAUCCAGACAACCCAAAUGUCUUGGAUCAAAUUCAGCAGAUUCAAAUUUAUAUUGUUUCCCUGGGAAGGCGACAGUUUUCAAUUUUCUUUACGCAGAAGCAAGUGGUUCAACGUCUGCGCACGGAAGUCGAGACUUUAAAGGCAGAGAGCGCAAACGGGUCGAAAGUUUCUGUAGCUUCACUUUUGGGAUUGAAUAAUAAUAAUCAUAUCAUCAACAACAAUGAGACGAAUGAAGAAUCAACUGACUCGAAAAAUCUCACAAAUAUCAAUGGAAUGAUAAAAAAAGAAGAUUAUGAAGAAGAAAUUAGAAAUACCGAUGAUUCAUCUCCUUCACAGGAAAAUGAUUGCUCAAACCGAGAACGUUCAAAUUCGGUGGAAUCGAUUUCCUACGAGGACGACGUCGUUGAAAUUUCAGCGGAUGAAAAUUCAAACGAAAAACAGGAUAUGGAAGAGGAAUGCAGCAUUGGAUCUUCGAUGCAGGUUUCCUUCCUUGAGACUCUCGGUCUCAUUACCACGACAAUGAAUAUAGAAUUGCAGAAUAGAAAAGCGGAAAGGAAGCGCAGAAGGACGGCGAAUCAUCAAUUUGUGUACUCCAAUUGGGAACUGCCAACGAAACGAAAGAGGUAUUCAUAUUUGCAGUCGGCCGGAAAAGCGCCACAAACGCGACAAAGUACUGCUAGGUCAAUUGGACCAUCACCUCCACCGGGAAAAAUAUCCAAUAAAUCACUACCACCGUCCACGAAAAAUUCAUCAAAAAAUUUAAACUCAACACAAAAAGUUAAUGCAAAACCAAAUAUAUUGAGAAAUGGAAUGGAAAAUAAAAUUUUGACGAAGAAUGGAAAUGAAAAUGCUCAAUUGCAAAAUAAUAAAUCUCUUGGCAGUAAAGUCGUUCAUAUUCCAGGAUUACCAUCAAGUUUAACAAUUGAAAGAAUUGAAGCCGAUUCAGCAAUCUGUAUAAGCUGUCGAAAUCCAGGAACAUUGACAGUAUGUCAACAAUGCUCAUCGAAGUAUCACAUUUCUUGUCAUUCAAUUUCACCACCGCCUUCGAAAAUUUGUCCCGCUUGUGCGAACAAUUUAAAAGAUAAUUCCACAUUUUCAGGAGUAAUUUGCAAAAAGGAAAACGAAUUGGCUACAGCGUCGUACACGGCAAGAGGCAUUAGGAAAACAAGAGAAGACCCAAAAAUCAAUAAAACGACUCGUGGAUUUCAUAAAACUGAUGCAACUUCAAAAAGAAACAUCAUGCCCACAAAUUUCGGAAUCAAUCAAUUGCCAUCUUCCACUUAUCUCAUCCCAAUCUCCACAAGUGCAAUGUCCAUCACCAAUAACGUCAAAAAUCCAACAAUCAAUAAUCGAAUCGAUCCCUCAGAAAUCCGAGUCAUCGAUCAUUUCACCCACUCAGGAAACACCACCUAUAUCAAUAAGUCCAAAUCCGAGUGGCCAAAAUCAUCAUCAUCAUCCCAUCAAGAAUCAUCAUCAGACAAUCGUGAUAAACAGCAACAAUCAUAUCUCGUCGUUAAAAAAAUCCCCGAACCAACGAAUUUCAAUGGAGGAGGAAAUAGUCGACAAAACAACCCAAUCCUUAACUAUCAAUUGUCAAGCCCAUGUGGCUACAGUGCAACACACGGUAACCCCGAAAUGCCUCUCAUCCAAUCAACACAUCCCUUCAUCAACAACAACAACAAUAAAGUCAUCAAUCGCCGAUCAGAAUCAAACACUUCUACUAGUAAAAAGUCAAACAACACUCGCAGUUUACCCGGUCUCAACAGAAUCUACGUGUCCAAUAACCGACAACACGGAUUUGAUAGUUCAUCAUCCGACGAAGACAAUUCUAACGACAAAAGCUCAUCAUCAGGAUUCGGUAACUUACUCAACCCAUUGUUCUCAGUCAAUAACAAGUCCAAUAUCAUCGCCGGUAGUUCAAGUGAAACACAAAGAAGAACAACAACAGAACGAGGAGACUGCACAAACAUUCGGCAAUUUUCUCAAAUCGAAAACUCACAAUGUUAUGACCGAAAAACAUCAGGUGAACUUCGGAGUAUCCAGUCCACAAAUAAUACCGAACACGUGAAAUUGGAAGAAGCGCAUAUAUCAGCGCCAUCUAGAACAAAGUUAAAUUUUACGGAUAAAAAAAUAAAUUCAAAUAUUUGUAACGAUAAAUUAAAAAAUAAGCUCAAUACAAAGACAUAUGAAAGAAAAACGAAAAAAAGUCCCGAAACAAGGGAAAUUAUUACACUCAACAAUGAUGAGGAUGAGGAGGAUGAUGAUGAUGAUGAUAAUGAUGAUGAUGAUGAUGAUGAUGAUAAUAAUGAUUUAGAAAAAAAUGUGAUUCAAUCAUCUGUGAUGGAAGUUACAAUUGAUGAUACUGAUGAACGUGAUUGUGAAUCUCCCGAAGUAAUAAUCAAUAAUAUUGAGACUGAUAAGAAUGAGGAAAUAAUUUCAAAUUCUUCUUCUUCUUCUUCUUCAUUAUCAUUAAUAAAAGAAUCCAAUGAGAUAACUGAUGAUUUGCAAAAUUUGUACAAUUUAAUAAAAGGAACAUUAGAUUUUAUUAUUUCUGAACGUAAGCACACUAGCAAUGAAAUUGAUGAUUUGGAAAAGAGUGCUACAAUAGAAAAAUCCUGCAUUAAAAAACAGGAUGACUCAAUUGAAAUAAUUGAUAAAAAUAUUUCAAUAUCUGAUGAAAAGGCUGACAUUGAGAGUCAAGACUUAAUUAGCGACAAUUCUAGACCAUUAAUAAUCGAUGAAAAUAAGGUAAAUAAUAUUCCAGUCGAAGAAAUUAAUAAUUCUCAUCAAAGCAACGUUUCGAGUCUAGAAAUCAAGGAAUCAAUAAUUAUUGAUUCGGUAUCAUCUGAGAAAAUUGAAUUACUAGAACAAUUUGAAUCAGCCAUUUUGAAUAUCAAUCAAGAAAUUAACGGCUGAAUUUUCUCUUUUUUUUGCGUUUAACUUUUCAUUGAUGGACUUUAAAAAAGAGUCUUAAGGCUGUGUACCUUAUUUUUAAUUUUAAACAUAGAAUAUCAAUGAUUUGCAAUUUCUAGAAUUUUGAGACGUUACUUCGAUUUUUUUUUUCUAUAUUUGUGUUUAAAUUAUUUCAAUAUUUCUUUUGAAUGUUAAGAAUUUAUUUAAAAAAACAAAAACAAUCCUCUUGCGAUUUCGCGAAAUCUCUCUUUAUUUUUCUAUUUAAAAAUAAUUUGUUAGUUAAAUAUUAGAUAAAAAUGGUUCAAAAAAAAAGAAAAACUCGGUAGAAAUUAGAUGAUGCAAUGAAAUCAUAAAAAAAAAGUUUUCUUUUUUCAAUGGAUUAAGUACUGUAAAUAGUACUUAAAUAGUAUUAUUGUUAUUAUUAAAAUAUAAAGAAAAAGAGGAUCUCUGUCUUUAAAGUCAUGCCAAAUAGAUUAAUAGAAAAAUUAUCGGCCAUUAUUGCAAUCACACAUUCUUAAUUGUUAGAUAAUUAGAAAAUUUUUAAUUUAUAUUUCCAUUAGAUUCAAUAAUUGUAUUUUCGAAAGUUAUUGUUAUGUUUCGUUCAAUAAUUUUAUAAUUUAAUUAAAAAAAAAAAAAAAAAAAAAAAACACGCACAUAUCUUGUGAGAGAUAAAAGCAAAAUAAUAUAAGUCCAUGCCAAAAAUUUAUACUUCCAUUCCGAUAAAAACAAAUUGUAUAUAAAAAUUUGUUCCUAAGGAAAAUUUAAUUUGAAGCAUAAAACUUUUUUUUUUUUGAAUCAUACCAAAAAUAAUUAAUUAAAAAUUUAUAAUUGCUCAAGAAAAACAACGAAAUGUAAUAAAAAAAUUAAUUUUCGGUAAAUUUUCUUUUUUUUUGGCAUGGACGAAAGAUAAGUGAAAAUUUUGACAAAAAAAGUGCAGAAUGUUGAAAUUUAUUGUAUAAAUGAAGCCAUAUUACCGUACUGCCUUAAUAGUUAGUUAAAAUGUAUCCUCUUACAGUAUUAAUUAUUUAAAAAGGAAAAAUUCUGUAAGUUGGAAAGUGUAAGAUAUUCUCAUUGAGUGAUGCUAGACUUGAGAUAAUAAAUAAUACAAGUGUAUUAGAAAUGAAAAAAAAAUUUUUUUUUUUGUCAAAUUAUCUAUGUAUAUAAAUAGUACUAGAGGUUCUUACAGAAAAAAAAAACAAUAUAAACAAUAUUCUAGUUCGUUUCAAACUUUUUUAUACUCGAUUAUUCACGAUAAAUUUAAGAUUUGUGGUAUUAUUGAUAAACUAUAAUUAAGAAUUAAAAGAAGGAGAAAAACUAAAGAUGAGACGAAAUAAGCUUCGUGUACCGUAUAUUUAUGAACGUAUAAAGACAAAAAAAUGUUAA